AUGAAAGGAGGAAGUCUUUCUGGAAAUGCUUACACUCAACAAGAAGUUGUAGUCAAUUCAACACAAGAGGUUAUGGUUACAUAUGUGAAGAGCCCAAAUAACUUUCAGGUUGUCCUGGAGAAGAUGACUGCAAGUCUGGACUAUGUGAUGGAUCAGCUGCAUGAGUACUAUGAUAAACUGCCACCAGGCUCAAACAAGUUGGUGAAUCCUACUCUUGGUCAGGCUUGUGUUGCCCAGUUCACAGAUGAUAAAGGCUGGUACAGAGCCCUUGUUACAGGUUUGAUGGCUGAUGGGCAAGCAGAGGUUAUGUAUGUUGAUUAUGGUAACAAUGAAUAUACGGAAAAAGAUGCUCUGAAGGAAAUACAACAACAGUUUAUGUCACUUCCUGCACAAGCUGUCCAAUGCCGUCUCUCAGGUGUGUCAUCAUCACAGGGCUUUUGGUCCCCGGAACACAUUGUACAAUUCACAGAAAUGGUUGAGGAACAAUCGUUUAUGGCUACAUUUAAAGCUGAGCUUCAUGAACAGGGACAAACUAUGUAUAAAGUGGAACUUGUUGACAAGAAAGGCAAUAAUAUAAACCAGAAAUUUGGGACAAUGACUGGCACAACCUGUUCUGAGGAAGACAGUGGUCCCUGUUCCAGAUCAGUCUCUGCUGGGAAAUUCGGACAGUCCAUCAAAGUCACGGUUGCAGGAGGCGAGGAAGAUUCUAAUUGGGAAGAUGGUGGAAACUCUGGUUUUGGUGGCAAAGCCAGAUCUUUUGGUUCAGGCAGGCAGCCAAGUGGUGGAUCUAGUGGGUUUGGAUCGAGGUCUAGUGGUUUUGGGAAUAAACAGAGUUCAGGCGGAAGGGACGGUGGCUGGGAUGAUAAUGACACUGGUGGAUCAUCAUCUGGUUUUGGGAGCAAAAAACCAUUUGGAAGUAGUGGUGGAGAUGGAUUUGGGAGCAACGGUGGGGGUGGAAGUGGAUUUGGAAGCAGUGGUAGAGGUGGAGGUAGCUUUGGAAGCAGUGGUGGAGGUGGCUUUGGAAGCAGUAGUGGAGGUGGCUUUGGAAGCAGUAGUGGGGGCAGUGGAUUCGGGAAGUCUAGUGGUUUUGGAUCCAGUGCAGGUGGUGGUGGAAGUAAAGAUUGUUUCAAAUGUGGAGAAUCUGGACACUUCUCGAGAGAAUGCCCAAAUGCUGCAAAAGGUGGUGGCAGAGAUUGUUAUAAAUGUGGAGAGAGUGGACACAUGGCUAGAGAUUGUACUAACCCACCUAAAG